UGUCCCAGGUUCGCCGCAGUGCGCGUGCGACGGUGAAAGGCUUCAUGUCGCUGUUUCGAUUGAACUGUGCGCGAGGCGCCAUGGCAGCUCUACCAUUUGCGUCAAUUUUAAUUAUUUGUGCCAUUCUCGGAAACGCGAACUGCCAAAAGGAUAAAGAAGCUGAAGAGUUUGUUUGUCCAGAAGGAACACAGGGCAAUGGCAAUUUUGCCGAUCCUGCGACUUGUCGCAGAUUUUAUCAAUGUGUCGACGGGUAUCCUUAUUUGAAUAGAUGUCCCUCCGGACUCUAUUUCGACGAUAUUAGCAAGUACUGUACAUUUAAAGCCGAAGCCAGAUGUGGCCCUAUUGCGACAACCCCAGCUCCUAUCACAGAGGCACCCCUAGACUUAGCAACCAAAUGCGACCCUGCUGCAUGUCAACUCCCAUAUUGCUUUUGCUCCAAAGAUGGCACUCUCAUCCCUGGCGGUCUCGAUCCAGAGGAGACGCCUCAACUAAUUAUGUUGACAUUUGAUGGUGCCGUCAACUUGAAUAAUUUUGAAUUAUACAAGAAAGUUUUUAAUGGAAAGAUAAAGAAUCCAAAUGGUUGCCCUAUCAGAGGGACUUUCUUCUUGUCGCACGAGUACAGCAAUUAUGCCAUGGUUCAAGCACUCGCUCACGAUGGUCAUGAGAUUGCAACUGGCACCGUGUCGCAACAACAAGGGCUCCAAGAUAAAGGCUAUGAGGAAUGGGCCGGCGAGAUGAUAGGUAUGCGGGAGAUACUGCGCCGGUUCGCUAACGUCUCCCGCACAGAUGUGGUGGGUGCCCGUGCACCUUUCUUAAAGCCUGGACGGAAUACACAAUUCAAGGUUUUAGAAGAUUUCGGUUACAUAUACGACAGUUCGGUGGGCGUGCCUCCCCUGCCGAUCCCUGUCUGGCCGUACACGCUCGACUACAAGAUCGCUCACGAGUGCAAGUCGGGAACAUGCCCUACCAAAUCUUUUCCCGGACUGUGGGAGGUGCCUUUCAAUGCUCAUUACGUGGAGUCUUUUGAAGGUGGCCAUUGUCCCUAUUUGGAUCAAUGUGUUCUUCACAAUCACGAUUCUGAUGAGGUAUUAGAAUGGCUGCAGGAGGAUUUCAACCGGUACUAUGAACAGAAUCGAGCGCCGUAUAUGAUGCCGUUCCAUACCAACUGGUUCCAGAUAAAAGCACUCGAGAGGGGGCUACACAAGUUCCUACAAUGGGUAUCUGGUUUAGAAGACGUAUGGUUCGUGACAGUAACUCAAGGUCUAACCUGGAUAACGGAUCCUCGGCCAGUAAAGUCACUGAAUAACUAUGAACCGUGGCGGUGUGACAAGAAGGAUCUGCCGGAGGCGCCGUGCAAUUUGCCGAAUAAAUGUGCGCUAUCCUUCAAACACCCCGACACCAACUUCACUGAUACGAGAUACAUGGAAACCUGUAGCGAUUGCCCCAAUCAGUACCCGUGGUUGGGUGAUUCGGGUGGGACGGGUAUUCCAGGCAAAGACAAUUACAUACCAGACAAUCUGAAAAGAAAAUAGUUAUUAAUUAAUUUUAGUAUUUCUUAGGUUGUGUAUACUAUAAUCUAUAUUGGAUGUAUUAUAUGAUGGGUUCAUAAGACAUUGGGCCCAAAUAUCUGGUCAUUUAUGAAUUUGCAUAUAUAUAAAUAGACAUUUAAAUAGAAAUAAAAGCAAUAAGUAUAAAACUUCCUGUUUUUAAAAAUUGAACAAAAACUAAUCAGCGAAAUAGUAAAAGUUAUUGAUAUGGAAUAUUACCAUCUUAAAAGCUCUUAACAUUGUUUAAUGUUAUAAAAGUAAGUGUAAUAUAACACACUAAAAUAUAUGUAUUUUUUACUUAUUUCAUCUGAGGAAAUAAAUUUGUAUCCAUGCAUUAUUUUUCAAGUCCAAUGUAGAUUGUAGCAAAAAUAAUUUUGUAUAUACUCCAUUGUUGAUUAAGUGCUUAUUUUUAAGAGCACAGUGACUAGUCGUCGCAACUCGUUUAUUAGCUAGGAUUUUCAUUAUACUUUACUAUACAUUCACAUUCUUUUCUCUAGGAUCGAUUAUAUAAGGCAUGAAUCACAUUAUUUUAAAAAAAUAUGCCUUAUGAGUAUUUGCUAUAAACUACUAGGAGAGUAAUACCCAAAAACUGCCAAGAGAGUAGGUAUCUCUUAUAAACUAUAGGUGUUGCUAUUUUUUAUUUUAUAGCAACCAUUCAUGUCUUAUUUAUUAUUAAAAUGUUUUUUAUAAUUAUUAUUUUUGAAGACUUUUUUUGCAAUUUACAAAUGAUGACCAUUUAUUAUUGACAAUUCUUUACAUAAAAAAAGUUUACAUAAAAAAUAUUUUUCUUAUUAGCAUACACAGGACAAAAAUUUCUAUUUCUUCCUAAUAUUUUCCAAAAUAUUGUAAUUGUAUCAUAGAUAAAAUAAACUUUUAGUUUUAGAUAAAAUAAACGUUUAGUUUAAUCUAAAUGUUCUAAUUUGUUUAGCGGUAAUGUAGUCAUUGUAUCCACUAGAAGAAAAAAUAUAACUUGAGGACUGAGUACUUUAUGUAUGUAUAUUGUGCCUUAGUAUACUGUGGCGUACGUAAGGGAAUGCUCGUAAUGUUGAUUUCGAGCCUUGGUGCUUCCGUUGUUCUGUGUGCGACAGGCGAGCCAUACACUGUAGUGUUUGAUUUACAGGAACUCAAGAACCUUCAGUGAAACAUUGCCCUAUACUCAUACACUGUUUAAAAUUAAACUAGUUGCAAGUGUGAAAUUUAAGUCAUUUUCUGUAAUUGUUAAUAUGUUUUCAUAAAUUAUACUAUUUUAUUCUA